GACCCGGAAGCGGCGCUACUCCUUGGGGGAAGAUGGCGCCCUUGGGGCUGAAGGCGGUGGUAGGGGAAAAAAUUCUAAGCGGAGUCAUCCGGAGUGUUAAGAAGGAUGGCGAGUGGAAGGUACUCAUCAUGGACCACCCAAGCAUGCGAACCUUGUCAUCCUGUUGUAAAAUGUCAGACAUCUUGGCGGAGGGCAUCACCAUUGUGGAAGACAUCAACAAACGGAGAGAACCCAUUCCCAGCUUGGAGGCAAUCUAUUUGCUGAGUCCCACGGAGAAGUCGGUUCAGGCCCUGAUUGCAGACUUCCAGGGGACACCAACCUUCACCUACAAAGCAGCCCAUAUCUUCUUCACUGACACAUGCCCUGAGCCCUUGUUCAGUGAACUGGGCCGCUCUCGCCUGGCGAAGGUGGUAAAGACAUUGAAAGAGAUCCACCUUGCCUUCCUCCCCUAUGAGGCUCAGGUGUUCUCUCUGGAUGCCCCGCACAGCACCUACAACCUUUACUGCCCAUUUCGAGCAGGGGUGCGAGGGCGGCAGCUUGAUGCGUUGGCCCAGCAGAUAGCCACACUGUGUGCCACUCUCCAGGAAUACCCAUCCAUUCGCUACCGCAAGGGUCCAGAAGACACAGCCCAGCUGGCCCAUGCUGUCCUGGCCAAGCUGAAUGCCUUCAAAGCAGACACUCCUAGUCUGGGCGAGGGCCCAGAGAAAACACGCUCGCAGCUGCUCAUAAUGGACCGGGCAGCAGACCCCGUGUCUCCACUCUUACAUGAACUCACAUUCCAAGCCAUGGCCUAUGAUCUUCUCAACAUCGAACAGGACACAUACAGGUAUGAGACCACAGGGCUGAGUGAGUCCCGGGAGAAGGCUGUACUGCUGGAUGAAGAUGAUGACCUGUGGGUGGAACUUCGGCACAUGCACAUAGCAGAUGUUUCCAAGAAGGUCACGGAGCUCCUGAAGACAUUCUGUGAGAGUAAGCGGCUGACCACAGAUAAGGCCAACAUCAAAGACCUGUCCCACAUCCUGAAAAAGAUGCCACAGUAUCAGAAGGAGUUGAACAAGUACUCUACGCACCUGCAUUUAGCAGAUGACUGCAUGAAGCAUUUCAAGGGCUCGGUGGAGAAGCUGUGCAGCGUGGAGCAGGACCUGGCCAUGGGCUCUGAUGCAGAGGGUGAGAAGAUCAAGGACGCCAUGAAGCUAAUUGUCCCGGUGCUGCUGGAUGCCUCGGUGCCGCCCUAUGACAAGAUCCGCGUUCUGUUGCUCUACAUCCUUCUGCGGAAUGGUGUGAGUGAGGAAAACCUGGCCAAGCUGAUCCAGCAUGCCAAUGUGCAGUCCUACAGCAGCCUCAUCCGGAAUCUGGAGCAGCUGGGGGGCACUGUCACCAACUCCGCGGGCUCAGGGACCUCUAGCCGGCUGGAGCGGAGAGAGCGCAUGGAGCCCACCUACCAGCUGUCUCGCUGGUCCCCAGUCAUCAAGGACGUGAUGGAGGAUGUGGUGGAGGACCGGCUAGACCGAAAGCUGUGGCCCUUCGUGUCUGACCCUGCCCCUGUGCCUAGUUCCCAGGCAGCUGUCAGUGCUCGCUUUGGCCACUGGCAUAAAAACAAAGCUGGUGUAGAAGCCCGGGCUGGGCCCAGGCUCAUCGUGUACAUUGUGGGUGGUGUCGCCAUGUCUGAAAUGAGGGCUGCCUAUGAGGUGACCAGGGCCACUGAAGGCAAGUGGGAGGUGCUUAUAGGCUCUUCUCACAUCCUUACUCCAACCCGCUUCCUCGAUGACCUCAAGACCCUGGAUCAGAAGCUGGAGGACAUGGCCCUGCCCUGACUCAGCCCCUUGCCUCUGUCCUCUCCUCCUAUUCUAGAGAAAUAAACUCUUUCCUCUGUCUUCCCAUCAGGGCUCACCUCAUUUUCUUCCCAGAGGGAGCUGUAUUGAGCCAGACCCAUGCCGAAGGCCUCCCAUAGUUACUGUCCUGCUGGAACCUUUCCCUGGCCCACGGAAGCAUCUUUAGCUUUCAUGAAUGCUGAGAACCUGGGCUGUAGGUUCAGUAUUGGCUUGAGGUUUAGGAGGCCCCGGCUCUCUUGCUGGGUCCUCCAUCCAAUCUUAGCAGACACAUUGCAGAGGAGAUGGUAGACAGGUACAGAGCAGGGGAUGACAAGGCUGCAACCCCGUCGUUACUAGAAUUCUUUAGGCUGUUUGGUUAGAAUUAUGGAAAAAAAAUUCAACCUUUAUCUUUAUUUUGUGUUACACUUGUGGGUAUGUCUGUGCACCAUAUGUGGUCAGUGCCUUUAGAGGUCAGAAAAGGGUAGAUGAUACCCUGGAACCACUAUAGAUGGUUGUGAGAAGCCAUGUAGGUGCUUGAGUCUGCCGCAAGGACAGCAGUCUUUUAACCACGGAGGGAUCUCCAGCACCAGAGGUAGAAGUAGAUAGAGUGGGGCUGAAUCCUGACUCUUUCCCCUGGAACCUCCCAGGAGCUACUGCAAGUGGAGCUUGAAGCCCCAAUUCCAGGAAUCAGAGCCAGCAUUUAAUACACAGCAAACUCAAACACCAGCUCCCCAGCGCUUCUCACCCCCAACACCCAGCCUUAAGAUAUGCCUGUAGACUCUAAUUGCAGGAUUUACCAGAGUUUUUAAUGGAAGUAUAAUUGUUCAGUAGGGCAAACAUAGAAACUAUUCCUAGGAUCUGGAUGGCUCAGAGGUUAAGAAUAUUUGCUGCUCUUACAGAGGGCUGGAAUUUGGUUCCCAACACCCAUAUUGGGUGUCUCAAAACUGCCUGUAACUCCAGCUCCAGGGAAUUCAGUGCUCUCUCCCUGCUUCAGUGGGAACCCAGAUACAUGUAUACCCCCUCCCACACCUAUAAACAAAUAAACAAAUAAAUAAAACACUUCACUCUGCA